UAUUAAAGUUGUGCCUUUAUUUACAUUUUAAUUUUCUGUAAAAAUCAACACAGAUGCAAUAUAAAUUGGUAAGCUUUGACAGAAUUUAGUGUGUGCAAGCUGAAAUAAAAGUCAGAUCUACUCUUGCUUUGAGAAGAGUUCAAGGAUUUGGUCAGAAGUGGAAAAAUCUACAGGCCUUCUCCCUUUUAUAUGUCUGCUUUGUUGGAGAAUAUAUUAAAAUAUCCUUCUCCCAGCAUUUUUAUCUCUGUCAUUAUUUUUCUUCUUCUCACUCUGUUAUAGAUAAACACUGUACUGAAUAUGCACUGUUCAUACAGCUCUGUUGAGCAGAGCAGGGCCACAGUCCUGCUUCCAUUCAACACUGCUAGCUAGAGAAGAGCCACAGGUUCCAAAAUGUUGCCGGGUCAAGCAACCAUCUUUUUUUUUGUUUCCAGUGAAAUACCCAUUGUUGUGAAUUUAAUUGAAGGUGGCUGAAGGAGAAUCACUGGUCCAACAUCUCCUUCCAUUUGACAUUGAAGCAUUUCCAAUAGCUUUAAGUAACUGGUUAAAAGAAGGAUCUCAGUGCUACCUUCGUAUGAGUUAUGUGAUGCUGUUGCUAUUUGAUGAUUCAGUGUUCUGUUCUCAGUUUGCCACACAUCUCACUCACAGGGAGAAAAUAAUUCCAAAUAAUUCCUUGUUCUUCUGUUGGAAAAUUCUCUAGCUUUUUUUUACACUAUUGUAAAUUUGGUGUGAAAUUCAAUCAAUCAACAAAGUAGUACCUGAUUGGCAAAAUGGUUUAAGAUUAAGAUUAUACCACAUACUUAAGAUCUUGGACAAAAGUGCAUCCAGUAAGAGAAAAACAUAUAAAUGUAUAGAAUCAUAUAAAUAAAUAGAAAGUUAUUCUUGCAUUUUUUGAAAAUUUUCAUAAGAUCAUAUGGAAAGAAGAGGUUGCUAAUUUAGAAAAUAAUAGUCUUAAGACAUAAAGCAUUCUCUUUUUUAAAAAACUGCAUCUCUCUUCAAAAAUUGCCUUUUGGGUUCACAGGAUAAUUCAGGUUGGAAAUUAUCUCAGCAAGUCUUUAAUCCGACCUCUUCCUCAAAAGAUCACGAGCUACAGGAUCAAACCAAGCUGCUGAGGGCUUUGUUCAAUGUGGUCUUGAAAACCUCCAAGAAUGGAGACCACAUAACAUUUCUAGGCAAUUCAUUCUAAUGUUUGACAGUCACUGUGACAAAAAGGUUUUCCCUUAUGUCCAGCCUGAACUUUUCUUUUUAUCAUUAUCUCUUUUCCUCUCACAAGCCACACUGUCAAAAGCCUGGCUCCAGCUUUUGAUGGCCUUCUCUUGGGUGCUGGAAGGCUUCUGGAUCUCUUCUCUAAGUGGCUUUGUGAAAGCAUUAUUGCUUCAAGAAAUUUUUGUUGGCCACAUACAACCAAAGUUCCUUCUUUUAGUAAUCUCUCUUCAUGUAACUUCAAGAUUAAUUUGAAAAAACCCAAGAAUUUACUACAUUGAAGGAACAAUCAGAGGCCCACAUUUAUCCUAAUCUUUAAUCCUCUCUAAGCCACCUGUAAAACAGCAUUGCUAAGCAUGGCAUUCCUCAUGCACAUCUCACUCCAGUCAAUUCACAUGAUACCUAGUUGGGUUUGGUUCAAUGGUCGUGUGGUAAAUACAAUUUAUUUAUUAUCUGCAACCAGAAUAAAUCCAAGUAUCUUCUUUUUCUUUUUUUUGUUAGGAUUUCUUGAGGAAGUAGCUCUAGAGUGCUAGAUUCCAUAUAGAUAUUUCUGAGAUUAAUUGAUGCCAGGCAUUGUAGAUCAUCUCAUCUUUUAUUUUGACACAUUUCCAAUCCUCUAUACAGUUAAUUUCAGAAGAAGAUGCACGUCCUCUGCUGUGUAACAGCACUGUAGCUUCUGGGAGAGUCAGGAUAUGACUCAGAUUAUAAUAAAGGCCAAGGGGCCUGUUCUCAUUUGUGUUGAAUCUGCCAGGGCUCUGUACACAGUUGGGACCUGCAUUUGUGAAACCAUUGAGCUAACCAGGUUUUGGCUUGGGCAUUUUGCUACUUCCUGGCCACUGCAGCUUUCCAGAGAGCUCCAAGAGGAAAAUGGCUGACUUUAUGUUGAGUUUCUAUUUCUUGGAAGAUGGACAUGCCCUAACUCAAUCAACCUCUGUCACUCCUGUGUUUUUUAAGAAAGAGGCUUGGAAGAGGAGUAAUGAGGUUCACAUGUGUAACAGUGUAAGUAUAUAAUGUAAUAUACACUUACUUGGUUUAAUCAAUCAUGGGAUGCGAGUAUUUUAUGUCAGUAGUAUAAACUGAGAGCACUUCCACAUAAUAAAAUGUUAAGAUCUUAUAAAUGUUAUAAACAUGCAGCUAAACAUGCAUCCAUGAAUAUGGAUGCCAAGAUGAACAUCUGGGAAUGCCUUGUUACAUAUAGCAUAUUUGUAGCUCUAUACAGAAUUUGUCUUUUCAAAGUGAAUUUUUAAUAAUCACAGCAAUGAAACAGAGGGGUUUAUGUUAUUUCUUAUGUAUCACUUUAACUGUUGCUUUAAUCAAAGUUAAACAAUCUUUUUCUAAUAUUUUUUUCUUAAUAUUUUCACUUCCUGUGAUGUUUGCUUUUAACUCCACCUGUAAGACAAGCAAAGUAAACUGAAUAUUUAUAGUGGUUACUAUCCAUGCCUUGAUUUGACACCACCACAAUAAAACUGAAGAUUUCUCUUUUCCUUGAGGAGAAGCUCAGGAAGGAUACCUGAGAUUUUCUAAAGGUUACCUUCUCUUCAUUUUAGGGAGCAGCUGCAGUGCUUCAUUUGACACAAACAGUGAACUAAACAAAUACUUGUAUUUCCGGACCAAUGGUGGAUUUACUCAAAUGCAUUUAUACAGAUAAAGAACAGAAAUGAGACCUACCUCCAAUACAAUAAUUACAGAAUUCAAGGAAACUUUUUUCUUCCUGUGGAAUCUGUCUGAGAAAAAUACUGUUGAAAUCUUAGCAUUCUUUAUAAUAUUUAGCUGAAAAUGCUUCAUGUUUUUACCUAUGUGAACAUAUAUUAGGAAGUCAAAAUAAUUGGUUUAAAUUUGGAGUAAGAACAAAAUCGGAAGUAGAAAAUUGGCAGAUGGCAGUGCCAUGCCUGAAGAAAUGCAAUAGUUCUCUUAUUUAUAUUUAAUAUGGUUCUAAAAUAAUUUCCUUAAUUAUUCUCUGAAGUGCAGAGUUUAAAAGUCAUUCAAGGAGCAAAAGAAAUUAAAAUAAUCCAGUAUUUCCUUGUACAAACUCUUCAGGCUGAAAUGCUUAGCAUGAAAGAAUUAAUCCCUGGAUCUUUGCAUCCACUUUGUCAACUAGUUCUGUAGAGACAUUUCUACCAGAAAAACCAGUCCAAAAAUCAUUCUCUGUUAGAAGCUUAGGAAUACAGGAUCAGUCAAGACACCUUUCAACUUAUUUUAUUAUUUAAUUUAGAAACAGCUUAUUUGUGUUGAUGUUAAUUAUACUUCUGAUCACAAUUUUUUCUGGCUUUUGAAAACCAGUGAGGAAAGUGAGCAUACCAUGUCAGUUAUUUUUGCCCUUUGAUUUGCUCCAAGUAAUAUAUGAAAAGUUAUUAUUAUGUUGAUUAUAAACCAAAAUAUAUCAUUUUGGUAUCUAUCCUUUUUAGAAUGGCUCAGAUUUUCUAUGGGAAAAGCUGGAUCCUCUUGGGUCAGUCACACUAAGGAAGAAAUACAAAUGAAGGAAUAAUCAAGGAGAUCAUGUCCUGUCCUGGAUUCAAGAUAUGUUUGUGAGAAGUCAUUCCCUGGCUUUGAGAGCAGAUGUACUCUUAUGUUCUACCUUGGCAGGGAGCAAUGGAAAAGCAGGACCUCGGAAGAACAGGCAAUUUCCAUGUUCAGCUACUCUUAAAAAGUUCUUGCAUUCCACAUUUUUUAUUCCUAAAGUUUGUGAACUCAGGUUUUGUUUAUUUUUUAAUCAGAAGAGCAUUAGAAAAGCAACAAGAGCAGUUAAGACAAGAGAGUGUGCUUUGUCAUCCUGUCAUAAAAAGCAAUUUGCUAGUAUUAUUAUUUCAGCACAUUGUAUAUGAUGUCUUUUUAUCUGGAAGCCAAAUUUCAAUUCGAAUGUGGUAAGCCAUGCUGAAGUCCCUCUUCCAAAUUCAGAUCUCACACAAAAACCAUAAAUCUCCAGUUUAUUUCAAAAUGUAUGUAUUUGGGUUUCAUUUUUCCUGUGGCAAGGCAUAAUUUCUGAGCUGCUACACAGAUUCUGGCUUUAUUUGGUUCCUAGAUUGCAGCCUGACGCUAGAAGAGAAAGAACCAAACCAGUAGGAAUAACUGUGGGAUAGAAAUAGGCACACUUUGAUGAUGUUAAUGACUCAGUGUGCAAAACCUUAGAAAGUUAAGGUCUCAAAAGUUAGUCCGAGUAGACACUUUUUCUUAAGGCAUAAUUUACACUGCCAAGUUUGUCAGCUGGCAGCUUUGUUGAUCUGAACUAAAAGAACAGAAGGAGACAAAAAACUGAUUAUGUGCUGUAUUUGCUUAUCUAUAUCUUAUAGUUUCAUACCCUUAAUUGUGAAAUGUACUUCAACUGAGAAAAUUUGUUCCAGCCUAGCCAUGCACAGCUCCAUGGUUUGCAUCCAUUCCAGAAAAUCAGUAGGCUGGCAUUCUCUCACCCUGGUAAUCCUAGGUCCUAUCAACACCAACACAAUGAGCACCUGGAUUUCCCACCUGAGACAGCCCUGCCAGGGCAAGGCCCAGGCUUUUCUGCCCAUACGGUUGCACUGGGAAUGGAAUAACAAGCUGUACCUUGUAGUUAUGGAAGUCAGACACAAGAGGGAUGCUCUUGUUAGAUGCUGUGUAAGUAAAUGUCAUCCUUGGAACAGAACAAGAGGCCUUCCAUCAGUGAUAAUAAGCUGGAUGUCUCAGCUGAUUCGGCUGAGUUUGCUUUGUAAUGUUGUUGCAGAGCUCAGUAAUAUCAAUGCUACUUUGACUUCCAUCUCCCAAAUGUUUCGCUUUUUCAGCAGAAACAAACCACUAGACCACCAAGGCUCUGAGUCCUUGCACAUUGCACUUCUCUAUUGAAAUUUUUCUGUUCCCCUACUCUUACUGUCAGAGCAGUCCCAGACAAAGUCCAGGAUAGGAAUUAUACACAAUAGUUUUCAUUUUUGCAGAAUGGUAAGUGGCCUUCUGCUGACAGUCAGCCUGCCUCCUCUGGAUGAUGGCUGGCCCCAGGUUACGAGCACAGUACAAAUGGAAAGUCCAGGAACUUUACCAAAUACAGAUAUGAAUGAAAUAAUUUUUACAGUCUUUUUCUGUGAGCACUACCUCUUGUUUGGAGAUAGGUGUUAAAUCAUAUGAAUGCUAAGCAAAGUAGAGAUACCUAUAUCCAGAACAUUUUAACCGUAAGGGAGUAUAAUAACAAAAUUGCAGCCCUAGCCACCUGGCCAUCUUUGUGUGUGUGUUUGUUUUCUUUCAGAAGCAGUGACACAGAUGACACUUGCCAUAAAGCUCUUCCUACAGAAAAAAAUGCAAGCCCAGCUCAUUUCCAGUGCAUGAUAACUAUUAAGGCUCCUAUGAGUGAAACACUGAUACUUCUUCAGCUAAUGAUUAACCUUAAGCCCACUUCCCCCCUUAAGUAUUUGGAUUAAAAGGGCAAUACAGAGACUGAAGGCAGCAGGCAUGAGUGGUUUAUUCUCUAACUCUAUGGACUAAAGGGUGGAGUCAUCUGACAGCGUUCAGGAUCAGUAGGCCAGGCAGUGAGGGGAGUGAUCUUAUUAGGACCAGAAAAGAAAAGGGUUCCAUUGUGUGACCAAGUUGAAUUCAGGAUGUUUACAAGCUUCAGAAUGCUGGUUUUACUGGUGCCAGCAAUAUUUCUAUGGUACAGACAGCAGCUAUUGACUUUUCCAUUUAUUCAGUUCCAUACUCUUCUUUGUUCUGUAAUUAGAGAAUUUAGAGCAUUUUGUUGUACAGAAGUCUAGUGCAUAGAGUAAGGCUUUACUUGUAAAGACUUUAAGAGUCACUCUGUGGCGCUAUAUUCAUAUGACCUGGGGUAAGUCAUAAUCACAGAUUUGAUUCAGCUUCCCAGACUGGAAACCAGUACCAACCUCAGAGGGCUUUAUUCAUUUGAUUGAGAUAUUUGGAUAAAAGCUAAUAGAAGAAAAAUGCUGUGAUUCUCACUCUUGUUAAGCUAUAAAUGUUCACCCUUAAUUUUGGAACAGACGUGGAGGGAUAAAAUUUCUUUGUUAGUCGCAUUUUGUAGGCCCCAAAUAACCCUGAUAUUUUAUUGAAAAACUCUCCAGGGCAGUAGCUGGGAACGUGAAUGUGUGAUUCCUGGGUGUUUUGGGUCGGUCACGUCUUGGAACAGUAACUGAUGAAGUACUGAGCAGGAACUGGCAAGGGCAGAUCAGCAGCAUGCCCCUCCUCACCAUGCACAGCCAGCAGAUCAGCUGGACUCCACUGCUGGUACUGGGGUACCUCUUUUACCUCCUCCUGGGUGCUAUGGUGUUCCAGCUGCUGGAGAAGCAGGCAGAAACACAUUUUCGGGACCAGUUCCAGCUGGAAAAGCUCAAGUUCCUGCAGAAUUACACAUGCUUGGACAGACAAGCCCUGGAGCAGUUUGUACAGGUCCUCAUGGAAGCAUGGGAAAAAGGAGUCAACCCAGAAGGAAACUCUACAAAUCCCAGUAACUGGGACUUCAGCAACUCCUUCUUUUUUGCAGGAACUGUUGUCACCACUAUAGGCUAUGGUAACCUGUCCCCCAGCACAGUGGCAGGGCAGAUCUUCUGUGUGUUUUAUGCCUUAUUUGGAGUGCCCCUCAACCUGGCCUUCCUUAAUCAGCUGGGAAAAGCUCUCAAUGCUCAUCUGCUUACCCUGGAAAGAUGGGUGCAAAAGCCAGGGCGUGCCCAGGUGGUUCAAACACUGGCAGUGGCCAUCUUCCUGACCACUGGGACCUUGCUUUUCCUGGUGUUCCCACCAUUAGUCUUCAGUUAUGUAGAAGGCUGGAGCUACGGAGAAGGCUUUUACUUCACCUUCAUCACCCUCAGCACCAUUGGCUUCGGGGACUAUGUAGUAGGCACGAAUCCCAACAAGCACUAUAUCCCCGUGUACAGGAGCCUAACUGCGAUAUGGAUUGUGUUUGGCUUGGCCUGGCUGGCUCUGGUCUUCAACGUGGGAGCUGACUUGAUGGAAAGAUACCUUCAGCUAAAGUGGCACAAGUCUGACUUAAGCUUGGCAGAAGGAGACACCACCAAAUUGGAAGAUGAACCUGAGCAGCCUAGAAUCCAUAUCCCUAGCUGAGCAAGGUACAAAGGAAGCAGUCUUGAAACUGCAUCUUCCAUCUGUGAAGCUAAGCGACCUGUGUGGAUAAAGGACUAAACCACAGGUUGUGGACUGUUUCCUACAGAGGAAAUAUUUCAGAUACAGGGAAAUAUUCACACCUUGUGUAGGCAUCAGCCAGUUAAAACCCCAAGGAAGGAGCAUACAUGGUUACACAGCUGUCCCAGAAUUCAUUUUACACUUCUCAUUCGAAGGCAACUUCCCCUGAAAUAAUCAAUUAUUAUCCUUUCUCUAGUGGGAUUCAGUUCUUAUGGUCACUCAUUUUCCAAAAAAAAAUCCAGAGUGACUACCUCCUAGCUUCAAUAAGAAGUCAUUUCACCAAGAAUCUCAAGUGGAAAAAGUCAGGUACAGAAAUCUUUCUUCAUUUCCAAUCAGAAAACAAACAAAACCACAGUGGAAUACCAUCAGUUAUGAAUACCUGAUUAAUGACAUCCACCCAAUUAAGAUUCAGUUGAUAUUGUCUGAAAUGAACAGCUUUCAUAUAAAAUGACAGCAUUUCUUUAUUUUCUGGGCUAAAAUACUUCUCUUUUAAUUGUGACGAAAUUAUGUGUCUGUCCAGCUCUGCCUGGAGUGUUACAAUUUGCUUCACAGAAAACUGCCAGCUCAAAGCAGGUCCUUAUCACAGUUCAUUUCACAGCCACUUGAAAACACCACUUUAAAGUAAAUCUAAAAGCAAGGAGAAAUCCUUAUUUCCAGCCAGAUCACAAAUAUCAUUAGAGAAUUUGCUUUGGGCCAGUUCAUAGGUGAGCUAUUAUGCACCAUACAGAACUGAUGCUGUAUGUUUACCUCUAAAUAAGGCAAAUGAUAGGUUCUUGCAUUGAAUCUGAUCCUCAGUCAGGCCCAUUGUGUGAACCAUCUGAAACAGGGAGAUUGAAUUUAUCCCAGUCAUUGCAAGUCAAAAGCAGCAGCAGCCAACCCCAAAGGGGCUGAAAAACCAAAGUACAUAUAAGCACCUGAUAAGAGACUAGUCACUGAGAUGCAGAUCUGUAGUCAUACUCUCUAUUAAAGUAAACUCCAGAAAUUUGAUAAAAUGACAAUCCAUUGAUUUGGAUAUUUUAUCUCAGUCAUAACCAACAUGUUCUGUGGGUAUGCUUGUAAUUGCAUACAUACUGCUAUUUAUUCAGUAUGUUUAUAUGUCACAGUAACCAUCAGUUAAUCCCUUUGAACUCAUUUAUAAGUGGAAGUUUAAUGUAAAGGAUGAGUGAAAUAUGGCUGGUUAUGUAGACUAGCCCCAAGCUAGCGUAUGUCAGACUAUAUGAACAUCAUCAAAUGUCAGCUUUUCAGCAGCUGCUUUGAUAUUUCAUUUUGGAGACAUGUCCAUAGAACAUGUAGAGACUUGUGCAGGUCACUAAUUUUUCCUUCAUACUUUUUGAGCUAGAUUCUUACUUUUGAGAAGGGUCGCAACAGAUGUUUGUUCUUACACCUGACAAGAUGCAUGUUUUCUUCACCAGUUGCUGACUCCUGCAUAGUGCAGUGUGGCUACUCAAAUCUGAAAUGCUGGCAUAUAAGAAUGCUUGUUAUGGUUUAUUCAACUAAUUUUAAAAGGAAUGUUCAAAUGCUUAUCCUAUCCAAGAUUUCCCUCAUGACUUACCACUACCUACCUCACAGAUUUUUAUCUUCUCGGUUUUUGCACUGAUCUUCCUCUAUGCCCUCAGCUAUUCCCAUAAAUUUAUGCAAUGGCUUUCUCUGUAGACUUUCACUGAGAGCAGCCAACUCUUUCCUCUCUGGCUUUUUGUAUCUUUGCAAAUCUCACGGGAAACUUUGUCUCUCAGUAUUUUCUGUUCUUCAGACACAAUGUUUGCACUUGCACUUGUUAACAUCAUCACUGCACUCUGUACCUGCCUUGUGUUAACACCAUGAGACACUUUUGGCCUCUUUAUGUAAAAGAGAAAACCGAAGUUCUGCUGACUUCUAUAUCUAACCUGUUUUGUUCACCUUGAUGUUUUCCAUUCCUUCUGUACUUUAUCAAGCCACAGUCUGCCACAACACAAGCAGUAGUCUAAAGGUGAUCCUCUCCAGUGUUUUACACCAUGCUACAUGCCAUAAAAAAAAAGAUAAAGAGGUUUAUCAGGGAUAGAAAGCACUUACCAACAAAGUGUUUCUUAAAAUUAUCCUUACUUGACAUCUGACCGCAGGAAGUUUGGAUUGCUUUUACUGCAGUCCAGAAAAUUGCUCCUGUAUCUGAUACUGAUCUUGCAAAGUAGCAGCAAAUGGUGAGACUACCUCCUGGAUUUUUGCUACUGCUGCAUUUACUAAAGCUGACAGGAGCUGCAGCUGUUCUCCAGCUGCCCAACAGAAGACUCAGAAAGCUGCCUUUAAAUCAAGCAUAUGGCCAUGUUGGAAGAGAAAUGAGAAGGAUACUGAUGCCUUCUCCUAUGCGAUAGAAAUUUCUUGCUUAUUUUGUCAAUUUUUCAAGGUUCUGAAAAGCUCCUAAAGGUCAUGCACAUCCAUAAUAAAAGUUACUUUGAGAUAUGUACUGGGAGCACUGUCCCAGGUUUUGAGUGCGGGUGGACCAAGUGCUUUCUGGUAGUGUUCCUCUAAUAAAAGUGUAGUCAUCAAGUAUCAACUCACCAGCUAAAAAAAGUGAUGUGGAAGAACUGCACAAUCACAAGGACUUGCUAUGAGCCAGAGGAGUACACAAAAGGGAUACUUUUGGUCUAAUAACCCAUUUUACCAGUGGUAUAUUUCUGCCCAGGAUGGAGAGCACACAUAGCUCCAAGCAUGGAAAACAGCUUUUGCAGCCUCUGAAUGAGGCUCUGGAGGCUGUGGCAGAAGCAAUGGCCCAGGCAGUGUUCACCUGUGAUGUGGAAAAGUAGCACUUUGUACUGAGCAGCCACCAUCUCCAGUCCAUGGCAGGACAAGAAGCAAAAGUCCUUCCAGGCUUACACUGACCCUUUUAGCCUACUCAACAAGCCCUUCUUCAUCCUCAGAUAUACAUGCUGUCCUUCCAGACAACACCAAAGUAUCAUUGGCAAAGAUUUGAGCCUUUCUCUGUGGAGAUGUAAAUAGAGAACUGACAGAGAAGUGAGAAUAAUCAAGGAAACAGCCAGUUAAAUAUUAUAUAUUUCUGUAAAGAUUUGUUGUGAAUCUUGAUCUCUUUCUUCCCAAAUUCUUUCUAAUAAGCACACGCCUCAUAACCAGGGUUUUCACAGCAUAGCUUGUAGUUAAAAACUCCAAUUCUCACUUGUAAUUAGUUUUAUAUAUUUUUAGUAUAAACAUUAAAUUCUAUAUGUUUAGUCCAUAAUGUUUCAACAGGUAUACUUAGUGUGCUUUGUAUAAACUAUCUGGGUUUAAAUACAGCUAAAAUGUAAAAAUGUCACUCAGAUGUGUCUAUUUCCUGAUCUUAAAUGUGAUGAGUAAAUAUAUACUUUUA